CUACGACAGACUACGCGUUAACAAUCCUGGGGAGAACAGCGUGUGUGGUUCUCUAGAUGUUACCAGCGUCUUCAUAGACCCCCCUCCUUCCCCAACCCACCCCCCUCAGAAAACUGCUGAACCCUGUGGUCUCAGUGUUAUAAUGUGGUCCCGGGAGGGGAGUUUCUCACGGUGGAUGUCACCCUCCGGGUCCCAGACCUCCCUCCCCUACUACGCCCGGCCCCCCUGGGAUCCCGCCACGCUCUCCAGGAACAACUCGGCGUCCACGUUCUCGUGCGGCGGCUCAGACCCGACGCUGGCCAGUAGCGUGGAGGGGGCGACCACAGGGAAUAGGUCCAGGAAGAGCACGCUGCUGUCUCCAGCCAGGAGUAUCUUGAAGACGGUGAGGAGACUGAGUGGCCGGAGUGGAGGUGGCGGCGUCACGUCACGGGGUAAAGCUACACAACGCCAGAGUUCUGGUCAAGUCAACAUGAAGGCUGUGAGUCUGAUGCUGGCAGCAGUUUGUGUGGUGUUACUGGCUUCCAUGGCAAUAGCCUCGGCCUCGAAAGAUACGAUAGAGGAGGCCACAGUCGAGGUGGCGCUAGCUGUGCUGUACUCUCUGUCAGCACUGUGGAUAUUUAUUACACUGGUUCUGGGCUGGACCAAGAAGCUGACUGUGGACCCCAGAUAUCUCCAUCGCAAGAAUAACCGGUUGUCCUUCCAGAAGAUCGGCGCUGCAAUCUUCGGUACCGGUGCUAUGUUAUACAACGCCCUGAGAAUAGCGGAGUUUGUUGCUGAGGACGCAGCCUGCAGGACAGUGGAGUAUGUAGUGGUUUCUGUGAUGUCAAUCCUCUUCACUUCUCUGCAAGUUUACCUCAUCCUCAUCUAUGCCAAGGUAA